CAUACACAUUACACUUGUACCGUGUGUAGCGCCUAGCCAUGUGCUUUCUGGAGUGUUGUCCGUAGUUUCCAUAUUUCAUAUCUGUUGUGUUGUAUUUUAUCUGUGACUUCAUAUAGUGUCAAGUGUUAGCUUAUAUAAACAAACGAUAUAGACUGUGUUGCACAGGACGUAAUAUGAUUUUAUGCUAUUGACGACAAUUCUUGGACACUGGUCAGAUUUGGGCUUGACCAUGAAUGAACAGGAAUGUAAGGAUAGUCGAGAACCCAGCCAACUCGGUUGACGAUUUUCAUUUCUAUACUCAUGGCGUAAUGCAAUCCACAAACAACGAUGUACUCUUGGAUCUUAUUUUGAUGGCGCUUUUAAAAUUCAACGUCUAUGACAAAGUUUAGCAAAAAAUGUUUGAAUUAUGAAAAUGUGAAGCUGUGGAGAGUUUGUAAUUUAAGCAUUUUUCUUCCAACUGUGAUAUAAAAACAAAAAAAAACCCACCAUGAUUGGAUAUUUUCUAUGCAACAUGGAUUUUACCUCGUUGGCGUCUACUCGGGCGGUCCUGGUUCGAAUCCUCGCCAUCCUUAUGGUUGUGACGCCCACGUGGUGUGAAUUAUCGGGUGACGAGAUCUAUAUAGACACUCAACAUUCCAUAAAUGAAGACUUUGACAUAACCAUUCCAACUUUUUAUGACCCAGAAGGACAACAUGUCUCCCAUGAUCAGUUACAUCACCAUUUCCAUCAAAAACAAUAUCAUUACCAUGACAACAGAGAAAGGCGCGAUACCUCAUAUCAAAACGUUAGUGUGCUACAGGCCGAAGUAGAGGGAUUUGGACAUAAAUUUCAAAUCAAAUUAUGGCAGAAUCAGCAAUUGUUAGCCCCCGGAUUUAAAGUGUAUAGGCGUGGAAACCAAAGACAAGAUGGCAUGCAAGAAGAUCAAGCGGAGACAACUCGAGCUUGGUCCCAAUCUCAGUGUCAAUAUACCGGAAGUGUGACGUCACACAAUGGUGCGCCAGCUUCGAUUUCACUGUGUGAUGGUGCUAGCGGAGUAAUACGAACUGCAGAAGAGGAUUUUAUUCUAGAACCAAUCAAAAGACACCGAAUUCGCGGGAAGCAGGGUCAAGGUCGUCCACAUAAGAUAACCCGGCGUUCCUCACGACUCGCUGAUCAAACCCAGUACUGUGGCAAACAAACUCAGGAGAAAAGAGCUAUGUACAAUAGUCGGACAGGUACUAUCAAAGAGACACAGCCACACACCAUUAAAAAGCGAUCGCCCUUCAAAUUGCGCUUCCGGUCACCUAACCUGCCAGAGGAAGAGAAGACCGUAGAGACCCUGGUUGUGGUGGAUAAGACCAUGUACUAUAAACACGGGGACGAGAAUAUCACAACAUAUACACUCACUCUGUUCAACAUGGUGGCAGAUUUGUACAAAGAUUCAAGUCUAGGGAAAAAACUGGAUAUUGUUUUGGUCGGACUCAUUCUACUGGAGGGGGACGAGACUGGACUUGAGAUUGGUUACCAUGCCGACAAGACGCUCAACAGUUUUUGUUCCUGGCAGUCAGUGCUGGUUGGACCCAAGGGGAGACAACACGACCACGCUAUUCUCCUCACGGGCAUGGAUCUGUGCUCCUACAAAAACGCCCCAUGUGACACGUUAGGUUUUGCCCCCAUAGAAGGAAUGUGUAACCGGAUAAGGAGCUGUACUAUUAACGAAGACACUGGUCUCUCUACAGCCUUUACAAUCGCACACGAAAUGGGACACAAUUUUGGCAUGUUCCAUGACGGAGAAGGAAAUUACUGUACCCAGUCUGCUGGGACGAUCAUGUCACCCACGCUAAUGGGGAAGGAUGGUUUGUUCCACUGGUCUAUCUGUAGUAAGGCCUACCUUAUGCGCUUCCUCAACACUCCUCAGUCAAACUGUCUCUCGAACAAACCGAAACAUGUGGCCGAGCUGACCUUUCCGGACAAGCUUCCCGGUGAACUGUAUAAUGCAGAUAUCCAGUGUAAAUGGCAGUUCGGAAACCGGGCUAAACUCUGUACAUAUGACUUCGGAAAGGAAUCUUCUGUCCGUCCACAGGACAUCUGUAAGUCGCUGUGGUGCUAUAGAGGGAAGAAGAGGUGUGAGACAAAGUUCCUUCCGGCAGCAGAAGGCACCUCAUGCGGUUCUGGUAUGUGGUGUCGCCAGGGUGAAUGUGUCAGGUUUGGUCAAAAUGGUCCGGAGCCAAUUGACGGGCAGUGGUCAGUUUGGGCGGAGUGGUCGGAAUGUUCUAGGUCAUGUGGAGGGGGAGUCACCGUCCGAGAAAGGGAAUGUAACCAACCACUUCCACAGUACGGUGGUCGUCCAUGCCAAGGAGACGAAAAAGUUUUCAAGAUGUGUAAAAUGGAGGAAUGCCCGGAUGGUGAUGACGACUUCUAUGCGGUUCAGUGUACUUCUUACGACAAGAAACCAUUUCGAGGCUGGUACUUGAAAUGGAAACCACACCAGAAUCUUCAAAACGUCCGAGAUCCAUGUACGCUUCAUUGUAUUGCCGAAACAUUCAACUAUGUCUUCACAAUCACACACACCGCCGUGAAUGGAAUGCGAUGUCAGGACGACGACAGCAUAUGUGUGGAAGGCACGUGUAAGCCAAUCGGAUGUGAUUUGAUAUUGGGAUCUAAUUCGUCGAACGAUGCAUGUGGCGUUUGCAAGGGAGACAACUCUACCUGCCGAAAAAUCAUGGGGGAGUAUAUGGAACAGCCAAAGUUGAACACGUACUUCCCUGUCGCCAUACUUCCGAAGAAUGCUCGUUCAAUACGAAUCCUUGAAAAUUCCUUAACUUCCAACUACAUAGCGAUCCGCGACAUAUUUGGGAAGUAUUAUCUAAAUGGACAGCGCCGUGUGGCAUGGCCGGGGGAAUACACGUUCGGAGGGGCUAGGUUUUAUUAUCGGCGUGCUUACGACGAACCGGAAGUACUAGAGAGCGCAGGCCCACUAACCGAGGAUCUUGUUAUAGAGAUUCUUGUCCAAGAUCACAACACCGGGAUUACGUACGAGUACUACAUGCCACGCCCCCCGAACGACACCAGGGUGGUAACGAAUGCACCUAAGAUCUUUACAUGGAGUAUAUCGGUAUCCUCUUGUAGCGAGCCGUGUGCUGGAGGGACGAAGACUGUGACCGCACUAUGCCACAGAAAUCUGUACCAGGAAGUAAACUCGAGUGAUUGCGACCAGAGCGAGAAACCAGAAACAGGUGUCUUCCCAUGUAACGAGAUGGCAUGUCCUCCCAGGUGGAUCCCUGAGGAGUGGCAGACGUGCACCAGGACAUGCGGCGGGGGACAUCAGAAGCGGAAAAUCUAUUGUCGUCAGCGGAUUUCUUCAACCAAGAACAAAAAGCUGCGACGGGCAUCUUGUGUACAUCUGCCUCGUCCUCUUCGGUCACGGAGAUGUAACGAACAGGAGUGUCACCCAGACUGGCACACAGGCAAAUGGUCAAAGUGCUCAGUAAGCUGUGGUAUUGGUGAACGGACGCGCAAGGUCACGUGUCGUCAGCGGCUGCGCAAAGGGUAUAAACUUCUACAGGAAACAAGCUGUCAGGCCUCCAAACCAGAUAUUAUUAAAACAUGCCGAAAGAGAGCUUGUCCGAACAGACAUAACAAUGACUGGCACCUGUCACCAUGGGGACCGUGUUCUAAAACGUGUGGGCGAGGGGUUCGAUCCCGUUACCUAAGAUGUCGACAAAAAAGCUUUACGGGGACACGUAAAUAUGUGGCUGUGAACAACAGUCAUUGCGAGACGGUCCCCAAACCCAGCGUCGCCAUGACGGAACCAUGUCAACUGAUGAUCUGCCCCAUGUCGCUCGUCUGGUCAUUGAGGUGGACGGUAUCAGCAUGGUCCCAGUGCUCGGUGACCUGUGGCGAGGGAGAACAAAGGAGACAAGUGAAGUGUGUAAAUCAUAAAGGAGAAAGGGUCAGCGGGUGUGAUCGGGAAACUAAACCAGUUAUGUCCAGGAACUGUCGAAGUGCCAGCUGUGUACAAAAUGGGUCGGGUUGUCAUGAUAAAUAUGCAUGGUGCCAUCUCGUCCCAGAACAUAACGUUUGCGACCACGAAUUCUACGGACUGAACUGUUGCGCCACCUGUCGGAGCCGAAGAUAAUAACACGUGUUCUGUUGUGAUGUUAGUAAAUCGGAUAGUCAGAGACAGGACAUGUAUGGACGCUCAUUACAAUUGACCUGUGUCACCAGAGACCCUUCUGUUACGAAGCAUUUUAUCACAUAAUGACGAUAUAGUCUUUUCUUGGAGGAACAUUUUAUAUAAGGAAAUGCAUAUUGUCGCAAUGGACCCUUUAUCGGACUUAAUUAAGCGAUUGAUCUCCCAUGCUGAAUUUAUUUGACGUACAAUGUUAUAGGAAUAACUCUGAUUCCCAGGAAGGAGUGAGAGUGGGGAAGGUGGAUGUUUUCACUAUCAAAAAUAAUACGGAGUCACUUGUUCAUUUCAUCUUGUAAGGUAUGAAAGGUGUUUUAUAUCACUUAUCGCAACAAAACACCAGCACAGAUUUUAAGCAUUAUUUCAUUGUCGAUACCCUUUCAUCUCUGUACAGGUUUUUUUUAUAUUUAUAUAUGUGUGUGUCUUUUAAAUUUGGAGUUUCUAUCACUAUAUGUCAAACGGUGGUCAUGUUUUACAAUAUAUUUCAGUUUUUUAUGUUUGAUUUCAAAAUAAGUUGAAUAUACAUAUUGUAUAUAUACCAGAACUCUACCUAUGAUAACAAUGUUAAAAUGUUGUAUUUCUAAAGGUUUAUGUCAAUAAUUUUUUGUACUGUUAUAUGGUUGUUUUGAUUACAGUGUACGUAUCCUAUACAUUGGUCACAGUAAACGGUACUACAUAAAGUAGCCGUAUCCUGACCGGAAGUCUAUGCAAUACAUACUAUGCAAUUAAUGUUUGUGAAAUGCCUCGAUGAUGUCCCACUGUCAAUAACAUGUGCUGGUAAUGUUAAAUAAAUUAUAGUGUUUGUGAACU